AUGCCACCCGCUACUAGGCUCUCGAAGUCGAAGCCAAAGCCUAGUACGCUUGAUUUUGGGCCAAAAACAAAGGCAUCGCGGCCGAGCUCCAGACCUUUGUCUCAGCUUCUCAAGACGGCCCAGCCCUUUGACCCUGGCUCUCUCACAUCUGCAAUUUCCAAAGGGAAGCAUAAAAGUACAAAUGCAUUGUGGGUAGAUGCAUAUGCUCCAGGCUCUUUGGACGAGUUGGCCGUACACAAGAAGAAGGUAGGGGAAGUGUCUCAUUGGUUAUCUGGGGCUUUCGAAGAGAAUGCCUCAGGGAAGCUCCGCGAAUAUAGAAGAAUACUUGUCCUCACUGGUCCCGCGGGCUCAGGUAAAACUGCGACUGUGAAGGCGCUGGCUUUGUCAAUGCAUAUCCGGAUCAUUGAAUGGAGCAAUUCAGCGGACAACACGUCAGGGUUAGAGGCAGGAACCUUCGGGGUGCACCCUCUGAGGGAGAAGUUUUCUCGGUUUCUCGCUCGCACAACAUCUUACCCUAGUGUGGAUAUUUCACAUAGAGCCGAGUCAUCCUUAGCAUGGAGCAGACGUUUGGUUCUCAUCGAAGACCUUCCCAAUAUUCUGCAUGAAGGAACCAGGCUUUCAUUCCAUCAAGCGCUGGAUGACUUCCUCGCCACCCCUGUUGUCUUCUCCUGCCCCUUGGUUAUCAUUGUUUCUGAUUCGGGGGGGCGCGGCGCAUCUGCAGAACUGGAAGAUAGCUCGUGGCAAAGCAGACUGAAAGAGAAUAUUGAUAUUCGGACCGUGGUCCCUAAACACUUGCUCGAGUCCAUGUAUAUCACGAGUAUCGAGUUUAAUCCCAUCGCGACAACCUACAUGAGACGAGCAUUGAUGAAUCUUAUGGAUAAAUUAUUCAAGGAUCCCUCGACAUCCAGCAAUUUGCCGAAAGACAUCGUUGACAAAGUCAUCCAGUCAUCAGGGGGAGAUAUUCGGAGCGCCAUCAUGACGUUACAAUUUUCGUCUUUAAUGAGCCUGGAAACUCGUGAAGGAAGCAGGAAGAAAGGAGAAAAGAUGAAGCGGGGAAAGGAAGUGGCGUCUUUACUCGAAGUGGUCACACAGAGAGAAGACGUCUUAGAGCUGUUCCAUCUGCUGGGGAAGAUUUUAUACAGCAAACGCUAUGGGGAUGAUCCAACAGAGGACAAAUUGCCGAUACCCCCCACCUUGACGCACCCGUCGCACCUCAGCGAACACGACCGCGCUCCGUCAAAGGUAGACACAAAUGUUCUUUUUAGUGAUUCCCCAGUGGACACCUCACUCAUGACACUGUAUCUGCACCAAAACUACACGCAGUUUUGUGAUAGUAUUGAGCAUGCUGAUGCGAUCUGUGAUGUGUUCAGCAUUGGAGAUCAAUGGGAGAAUUACGCGGACUCGUGGAGCCCGCGCAACUCGCUCUUUGAGCACAGGUUCCACUUGGUGUCCCUUGGGACACUCCAUGGUCUGCCCGCACCCGUAUCUCGCCGCAACCAAAAGGUGGUGAAGCCUUCCUGGUUUGAAAUUCAAUCAAGAUUGCGGAAAGUCCGAGAGCAAUUGUACUCGGUCGCAUCGUGGAUGGAUGCGAUGUGCCUAGAUUCAGGCACAGCUUUGCUCCGGAAUCCACGGAAUAUACGGACCGAGUUGAAUGACGCGAUUUUUCAGUCUGUCACGCCAAGCUCCAACUCUCCCAAUUAUUCUCUUCCGAGAUUGAAUAUAGGCCCGGCUGAAUACCCCCAUUCAGUACCUGAAAACCAAACCGCAGGUACCGAUGAAAAAAGCGAACUCGAUGGGAUGCAUGCCAUCACGAGAGGGGUUCCUGACAUCAACGAGAGUUAUCAUCAGCGGAACGUGGUCUCUGCUGGAUGGCUGGAGGAUGAUGACAUAGAAGAUGACUAA